CACCACGUAGUGGUUCUUCUCGAAGGCGCGCUCCAGCCGCAGGAGCUGCGAGGGCGAGAAGGCCGUGCGGAUCCGCUUGGGCUUGCGCGCGAAGGGGCCGUGCAGCAGCAGCCCGUCCUGGGGCACGUCGCUCGCUGCGGCCGCGCCGCCGACGGCAACACAUCAGGUACAGACAGAGAGAAGGGGCGCCGUGAGCCGCAGCCCGGCCGCCGGGCCGCCCGCGGGAGCCGGCCAAGCUCGGCCCUCUGGCCCCGCUCGCAAACGCCCUCGGCGCUCCGUUACCCUCUCCAAUCCUGGACUCCCACCCCCACUUCUCCCCUUUCCCUUGUGCCGCUCCUUCCUUAAGUCCACUCCUCUCGCCUCCCCCAAUACUUCCCUAGGGUUCCAGAGCUACCCCGUCGGUCGCCGGAGGCCUGGAGGAGCCGAGCAGCGGAUCACUCUUUGGGCCAGGAGGAGGGCCCCGGCCUAGCGAGGCGCCAGCCGGCCCAAAUCCACACCGCCUGGAGCAGCGGACGGGGCCGGGAGAUGCAAUUGUUUGGAUCUCAAGUGACAUCUUCCAUCUCUGGAAAUAACCUCUCCUCGCGAUGCAGGCCCUUUCAAGGCAAAGACUGGCAGUACAGACUCCCAGGACUGAGGUGGCCGGAGGUGGGAGCUAGCGAUCCCGAGUGCGGGCGCUCGCCCCUGCACUCCCUUCUGGAGAGGCCACGGCCGGCCGGCUGGGCGGAGGAGCCUGGGGCGACGAGUGGGCGAGGCUGGCCGAGCUGCGGAGGUAACCUCAUUCCCCCUCCUCCUGCCGGAACAAAGGCGCCCUUUGAAGCACCGGCCCAUUACCAGCGCGGAUCCCUGAGGGUUGGGGCUUCGCGGGCCCCCUCCAGACGCCGUUCCCGGUCUGGAAAGUUCCUGAGUCCGGGAAAUGGCACCGAAGUGCGGCUAACUCCCGGUCUCCGCCGGCUCCUCCCCUUCAGGCCUCGAAGGCCACCGGCUUCAGGACGCCGCCGCCUGAUCCAGACCCUCCCGCGUGGGCUCUUCCUCUUCCACCGCCUAGCUCAGCGGAGAAGCCGCUUCCCCACCCGCCGGCCCGCGCUGCCGGAGGGCGCUGCGCACGGAGCGCAGACAUGUUCCUUUUCGUUCGUGUAGGGUUUCGUUUCUUGCAUUAAAACGGGGCUGAAAUGAGCAUCGCAGAGACCCGGUUCUCUAGAAAACGCGGCGCCGGAGGGCCUGGGACGGCUCGGCCCGCAGCCCCGAGGCCCCGCUGCGACCGCCAGGCUCACAGCUGCCGGGGCGCGCACGGUCCCCCACCGGCGACGAAGACCGGACCCAAAGCCGAAACGUCUCAGGGUCGGAAAAGUGCUUCCGUGUCCAACGGAUUUCCGAGUUCAAAAAUGCGGCCACACAUGGCUCCAUCUCCGCGUCCAGACACGGCUCUUGAGAGAAAAAUCCAACCGUUUUUGCAACUCGACAACGUGCCCGCCGGAACUGAUGGCUCAGAGAACGGCGGCAAUUUCUGAGAAGGUUUUUUCGGAGAAUUCAUCUGGCCUCGCUUGGCUGGGAAUGCUCAGAGCCGGAGCUGGAUCUGUCGCGAGGUGUCCCCGGCCCUCGGCGCCCGCGCCCGCGGGGACGAGGCCAGAGGCGGGAAAAGCAGCGAGGAGGGCGUGGGGCGCCGGGUCCGAAGCCGAGGGCGCCGCCGGGGCCGCCGGGGAGGCCAUCCCCGGAUAAGCAGAGACCGCAGGGCUUAGGACCGGCUCUGCCCUCUCCUCAGAGCCCCUGUCUCUGCACCAGCCUCUUAACCACGGGUCCCCCUACUGCCCGGGUCCGACGGUUCAGAAAUAGCCGAGACUCUCAGGUCGGCUCAUGGGUGCCAGGUUUUGAGACCCAGGCUGGGCCGGGCCCAAGGAGCACCGAGGCGGUUUACUCAGUUUUGAAUAAAACUUCAUUCAUUUAUAGCAGUAAACAAUGGUUAUAAUUGACAGGUCUCAUGCCCAAAGCAGCUGACACCAUAGGCUCCCUCCCUCACCCCAUGAUUUGGGCAAAUCUUUGAAAUCGCAGGGGAGACAAGUCUGCCCACAAAAAUUCUUAUUCAAGCAAUUACAGUCUUUUAUAUUGUGGGAUCUGCUGGGUCAGUAUCUACUGGUCAGAUGGGACUAAGCAAAUUGACAAACUGGACCAGGAAAGUGGCUUUCCGUGAAACAGCUCAGUAGCUAUAGCCAAAGCUUCAAAAGAUCAUUUUUCUUCUGUUAUCUAAAUAAUGGUACCAAGCAUCUGGUUUACUUUGUGUAGACCGCGGUUUAUUCUCAGAUUAGGUUGGCAGCCGAAGCUCUAGCCAUAUCCUUUUCAUUUGUUUCACUAAAAGCCGGGUUACCUUGCUCUGAGUUAUGGAACCUCAAAAGGCUGAGGUCCAGUCCCGUCUACACUAACAAAAUAAAACUGGAAACUAAAGCAAUUACUGCAUAAAUUAAGGCCACUCUUAAAAAAAAAAAAGACAAGAAAAGAGAAACAAACUUUAACAAAUUCAAGGAAGAAAACGAACUCCAGCAAAUGCAACUCUCUUUCCUUCAGGAAAGUCAGAUAAUUGAAACAUGUGUGUGCGUUUGUAAGGCCAGUGGGGGAUCUUCAUUAGCAAACCUAUUGCCCAGUGAAGACGUGGGAGCUCGGUUGCCUACGACCUUAUAAGCCCUCUGCCCCCGCCCCCUGCCUGGGAGGACUGCCGUCGGUCCCGCAGCAGCCGGGUAGGCGCAAGGCGAAGGAAGCCGGUUGCUAUUGCAACCCUUCCCGGCCCUGGGUCCGAGAGGCACUUGUGACUUGAAGAAGUCGGGUCGAGGUUGGUGAGAAACACCCCAAGACGGUGGAGCACUCCAAACUGAACAUUAACUCUCCAGUUUGCCCUUCCU